GCAGCAUGACCUAUACAGCUCUGAGUCCCAGAAUCGCCGUCGAAGCAGAAGAGACACGCCCCUUUCAAUCCGUUUGCUGCUUCGCCCCCUCUUUCUGGUGCCGACGCUAUCCCUUGUCCGGCUAGAAAAACCGUCAUUCUCCUCGUUCAUUUUGUCUUCCUGUUUACCGAUCUACUGGGAAUUUGUAAUCAUCUGCCGGUUUCAUCUUUUUUGAAAUUCUGUGCAGGCUAACGGUUUCUUUCCGUGUAUUUUCUUCCAAUCUUGGGAAACCUCUUCAACAUCUCAUGAUUUGGGCUUUUUUUGUCUUAUUUUAUGUGAUGUCUUUGAAUAUUACGCCAAUCUACAAUUUAUGUUGUUCGUUAGAAAGUGAGGCAUAAAUCCUGACUUCCAACUGUUUGAAUAUGCGGGUUACUGGUGGGUCUGAUUGAGGGAGUUGAAUUGAACAACAAGUAUUGAAGGUUUUCAUCAUUGAUUUGGUUUUGGUCGCCUAUUUUUGGUUUUUUCUUACUAGAUUCUUCAUUCUGUUCAAACUUGGUUUUAUGGCUGAUCGAAGUUCGGCGGUUGCCAAGCCAGUUUGGAUGAAGCAAGCAGAGGAGGCGAAGCUGAAGAGUGAAGCUGAGAAGGCUGCGGCAGCAAAAGCUGCUUUUGAAGCCACGUUCAAAGGGGUUGAUAAGAAUCGCGAAAGGGAUACUGUUCCAUCGGACAGUGAAUCCGAGGAAUCGGAGGACUUGGCUAAUAAGCCAAUUGGUCCCGUGGAUCCUGCAAAGUGCACGGCAGCCGGUACAGGGAUUGCGGGGGGGACAGCUUGUGCUCCAUCGUCAUUUAUGGUGGUGACCAAGGACGCUGAUGGGAGGAAAAUUUCCGCGGGGGGUGCCCAGGUCAAGGUCAAGGUCUCCCCGGGAUUGGGUGUUGGAGGAUCGGAACAAGAGGGGAUUGUCAAGGAUAUGGGUGAUGGAACGUAUACAGUUACUUAUGUUGUGCCCAAACGAGGGAACUAUAUGGUCAGUGUUGAGUGUAAUGGCAAGCCAAUUUUGGGUAGUCCAUUCCCUGUGUUUUUCAGUGCAGGUAAUAAUAAUGGGGGACUUCUGGGUUUAGCUCCUGCAUCCAAUUUUCCCAAUCUGGUCAACCAAACCAUGCCCAACAUGCCAAAUUACUCUGGAUCUGUUUCAGGUGCAUUUCCAGGGUUAUUAGGAAUGAUUCCGGGUGUUGUUGCUGGGGCUUCUGGAGGAGCUAUUUUGCCUGGAAUAGGGGCAUCACUGGGGGAAGUUUGUCGAGAAUAUCUCAAUGGACAAUGUGCAAAAAUUGAUUGUAAAUUGAAUCAUCCCCCUCAUAAUUUGCUCAUGACUGCCUUAGCUGCAACAACCUCCAUGGGAACACUCAGCCAAGCGCCUAUGGCACCUUCUGCUGCUGCAAUGGCUGCUGCUCAGGCCAUAGUUGCCGCUCAAGCCCUCCAAGCCCAUGCAGCUCAGGUUCAAGCUCAGUCAGUAAAAGAUUCUGCUGGCUCACCUGACAAGGCUGGAAAGGCUGAAACAUUAAAGAAAACUCUUCAAGUUAGCAAUCUUAGUCCGCUUCUUACAGUGGAUCAGCUGAAACAACUCUUUGGCUUCUGUGGUACUGUUGUAGAAUGUACAAUCACUGAUUCGAAGCAUUUUGCCUAUAUAGAAUAUUCAAAACCUGAAGAAGCAACUGCAGCUCUGGCAUUGAAUAACAUAGAUGUUGGGGGGCGCCCUUUGAAUGUUGAGAUGGCAAAAGCACUUCCUCAGAAGCCAUCUCUAUCGAAUUCUUCACUGUCCUCAUCUUCUCUUCCUUUGAUGAUGCAGCAAGCUGUUGCUAUGCAACAGAUGCAGUUCCAGCAAGCAUUGCUCAUGCAACAAACUAUAACCGCACAGCAAGCUGCUAACCGAGCUGCAACUAUGAAAUCUGCCACAGAGUUAGCAGCAGCCCGGGCUGCAGAAAUAAGCAAGAAAUUGAAAGCUGAUGGGCAUGAGACUGAAGAGAAAGAUACAGACAAGAAAUCUAGGUCACCUUCCUCUUCUCGUGGUAGAUCCCGAUCAAAGUCUAGAUCUCCUGUCAAUCAUCAAAGAAGGAGGAAAUCUCGUUCUUACUCACCCCGCUAUUCAAAGGAUCAUAGGUCUAGGUCACCAUUGAGAUCUCGUCAUUAUUCAGUUUAUGAAAGGGAACGGAGGUUUUACAGAGACAAAUGGGAAAACAGUGAUAGGUAUAGAAGGCGGGAUUCAGAUAGAUCACAUGAUCAUCAUUCAUCUAUUUCGAGAAGAAAUAGGAGCAGGAGCGUGAGUCCUCGUACAAGGAAAUCCUAUCAAGUUGAUUCUGUUUCUCCUAAACGCAGAGAAAGUUCACCACAUAGGGGAAGGAAGUCAUCACGUGCUAGUUCUGGCUCUCCACGUCAUCACAGAGGAAGUAGGUCAUCUCCAAGGAAGUCAUCACGUGGUAGUUCUGGCUCUCCAAGUCAUCACAAAGGAAGUAAGUCAUCUCAAGUUGAUGAUGAGAGCAAACUAAGAAUGAGAAGACGCUCCAGGUCAAGGUCUACUGAGGAUAAGCAUCGCUAUAGUGAUAAAACAGAUGGAAAAUCUAAGCAUAGAGAGAGGAGGCAAUCAGUGGAAGCAGAGCCUCAUAGAAGAAGCCGGCCAUUCCCCAGAAAGGGGGAUGAAAUUAGAUCCAGGUGCAAAAGGCGGUCCCAGUCAAAAUCUUUGGACAGUGAUUACCAUUCUCCUGAGAAGGUGGAUGAACGCAGAAAUAGAAAAUCAAGGCACCAUGGAAAAAGGCGCUCUAGAUCGAGAUCCAUGGAAAAUGAGAGUCCAACUGAUGAAAGAGAGAAUGAGAGCAGAAAACAUCGUGAUAAUAUAAAGUCUAGGUCAAAAUCUGUUGAAAGAAAACAACACUAUAAAGAUAGAUCAGGUGAAAUCAAAGAUAAGAAAUCAAAGCAUCGAGAUAGAAGGCGUUCAAGGUCAAUAUCAGUAGAUCGUAAGCAUGAAAAAGGAGGCUCAUCCCAUGGAAAUUUUGAUGAGGGCAGUUCUGAACACACAAAAUACUACAAAUCAAAUUCACCUGAGGGAUUGCAUUGCUCCGAGGGAACAGGAGAUGAAAAUUUGGAGCAGCCAGCAGAAUCUCUGUCUAAAUCAGUCUCAGAAAAUUUUCAGCAAUGCGAUGGGAGUCAGUUAUCCCCAGGGAGUCUCAAGGAGUAUGAAUUGAAAGACACUAACCUAUCUGGUUGUGGAUCUGGGGAAGGUAAGCAUCAUUUGAGUGAUCAGGAGAAUGAACAUAGUGAUGAAAAUUCAAAACUUCAUGGAGAUAUCAUGCAGGAAGUGAUUAUAGACGUGAAGAAUUCAACAAACAUGAGUGAUGAUCAGAUGCUGGUUUCAUCAAAUCAAAGCUGCAGCUUAACAGUGCCAACUGAAAAUGCGGGAGCAGAAAAUAACCUAGGGGAUCUAAGUGGAAAGGGAAUGGGAACUGAAUAACAUUAUGAAUACUAAGCUUUGCGCACCAGUUACUUUUUGUGGCUUUCAGGAGUGGGGCCUCUAAAUGUUUUUGAAGAUUCAACUUAGGUUUUGACAAGGAAUAACCAUGACAAACUAUCUGUAUUAUUGUAUUUGUGAUUCAGAAGUACUGGGAGAUAAAAGUAAUUUAGUUUCUAUUGAGGAGGAGAGCUGUGUCAACCUUGGUGGCUAUGAUUUCUGAUCGACAGAGUAUAAUUCUUGAUAGAGCGUGGCAUGGAUUAUGAUUGUCUAUGGAUGAGGAUUUCUGCAUGCAGCAAUAGUCAUGGCUGCUGAUGAUCCUGCAUUUUAAUUUAGGGAGCUCAAGUAUCAUGAAUAAGUUUUUUCCAGGGAUCGAACUGUUACUUCUUGGGACAAGCUCAUAUCACAUGGGAAAUGCUUCCACUGUUUGCUUUGGCCCUGGGAAUAUUAUUUGCUGGUUUUUAUGGAUGUCUUUGUCUAUUUCUUUUUUGCAGGUGGUUUUGGGACAGAUCAGGGAUAAAAUUCCUUAACCAGUUGAUCUGGUUUAAGGUUUCAAGAAGUGUCCCACUUUUGCAAUGUCUGGUGAUCAACCAUGCAGCCUUAUAGCAUGCUUGUUUUACUGCUUGGUUGAUGCAUGUUUGAAUGUUACUUUAUUAAAUAUACUUGUCUCGUUUUUAUUUAAUGUAAGUUCAUAUUACAAUGUUAGGAUCUUGACAUGUAUUUAUUGAUUUUAGAAUGUGAUGAAAUCUGAAAUUUUCUAGCUGAUGCUGUUCAGUAACUAUAUUAGAGAGCAAGAAAACCCUUUUAACUAGUAAUUCUCGUUUGACUUACCCAAAGCUUUGUGGGCCGAUAUUGGCUUAUUGCUAUAAUGUGUAAAGGUGAACCUUGUACAUACGCUACCUUGUCCACUUUAUUGUUGGUCUUGGUAGUCUAGUUCUAGAUUAUAUGCCCUUUUGGGAAUUUACUUGUUAUAUGAUGCAAGAGUCCUUUAAUAUUGGCAACCAUAGGAUCCCUUUCAUUUACUCCAAACAAAUGCAGGUCAUAUUCAAGUGAAUUCAGUUGGAGCCUUUUGAGAUACAGUUUGGCUGGGUUGAUUUUCUCUUGUGUAAAUGAAGAAAUUGUCAUAAUAGGUAAAGCUAUCAUACAAGGUCAAGUGAAACCAGAUGUUGCUGCAAUGAGUUACAUCAUGUUGCAUGUGAGCAAAUUGGCUGUUACACAUUACUUAAGUAAAUGGUGAAAUGGGAAUGUUGAUUUUGACAGGGUAGAGGAAGAAGUUGACGGUCAAGUGGAACACGGUUGGAGCUUGGAAGACUGUCAUGAACAUGAGUAGUCAAGCACAACUGUGAGUCUAAAAGUGCGAUGACGUCGAUGAGAAACAAAGGCGUGCGAUUAGAUUGAGGAAAAUGAUCGAUGGUCAAACUCGAGCAAGAAGAGGUUUAGGGUUCUGAUUUAAUCGGAAGUUUUAGUUUUAGUAUUCAAGAUUUGUGCGUUUCCCUUUUGCAUCUUGGUCUCCUAAUGUUUUAAAAAAGAGAGGUAAAAAUGAUGUCAUUUUGUGAUAUUAGGGGAGGGAAGAGAGAACUAGUUCUAUUCAGUUCACCUUCAGUUUAAGCAGUUCACUAACGGUUCUCUUUCCCACUC